AUGAGGGAUACUUCACAAGCGCUCUUGGCUAAUAUGGCUGCUAUUGUAUGUCAUGGACCAGAGUGCAUUAACGGAAAAAUUAAAAAGAUGAAUAUUCAAACACUCUUUGAUACAUUGGAUGUUCAUAUUGAAGGAAGCGUUGACGAUACCAUUCGAAAGCAAUAUCAAGUCACUAAAAUCAAAUCAUUGUCAAGUAGUUGCACUAUGAAACUUUAUGCUAUUAAAGAUAAUCUCAAUAAUAUCGGUGAUAAUGAUGAUUCCGUUAUAACGGGAUUUGAUGACAUUUCUUUACAAUAUUCUGAAGCUCAAGGAAAAUAUGCAGGAUUAUGUAUUAUUGAAGCAUAUCAUAAAUCAAGGAAGUAA